AUGUUUGGUAUCCAGCAGCAGAUUGGCAUAUACGCACUUGUCCGACACAUGAAAUCGCGACUCACAUGCCACGUGGUUUGUGAUAACCCUUGGCUCGAUCUUAAAGCUGUGAGAUUUGUAGAUUCCUACUUUGGCUGCUCAGACGCCACUGUGUCUUUUGUUUUCCAUGUCGUGAUGCCGUGCUGUGGGCGCUGCCUCGGAAAUGACCAAGACGUUGAGGCUCCGCUGCUCGACGUCUGCUUGCUUGAGGCAUGUGAGAAGAGCCUGAAGGUGAGCGCCUGCCUUCCUCGCAGUCGGAUCCUUCGAGGCUCCUGGUGGCCAUUUCGAAACUCUGGAGAUGAAGUUGAGCUUAGAAUUGCAGUGUUGGGGGGCCCCGACUGCGACAUCUUCGGCCCGAAGAAGGAGACCGCCUGGUGCAGAUGGGGUGGCCGUGUCGUCCACGAGGUGCAGGGUCUUUUGCCGGACACAAGGUACACGGUCCAGGUGUCCCUCCUCAUUGAGGGGCAGCAGUCUUCGGAGGAGGCACUCCUGCAGAGUCUGGAGGCUCGAACGGCACCCGCCAGCACCUGCCAGUUUGCGGGUGAGGACUGGGGGAGAAGCGCCUUCGGAAAAGAGGGCAAGGAUCCCAAGAAGGAUGCACAGACCUCAAUCCGUCUGCUCAUGUUCUUAUUCCAGAGUCUGGUUCUCUUUAUGUCGGGCUGUGAAGUCGAAGCUCGCAAGGUCCCGCUCUUCGCGUCUGCCAGGGUCUUGUGUACAGAAGGUCUGUGUCAUACUAGUAUGAAGAGCGCGCAGUUGCAAACUUCUCGUGAUCACACUGCAGCACGUUUCUGCUCCUUCGCAGUCCGGCGCUUUGCGGUGAUGGCGGUGGGCAGCCCACUGUUGCAACCCAAUGCCGAGUGGAAGGUACUGUCCAAGUGCAAACAACUUUGGGAAAGAUGUGUGCUACUACUGUCUGAGCCAAAAGUUGUGGCACGGGGCCUUGGAAUCAUGAUGCUGAGCGUUGUGAUCUGCGGAAUGUGUUUGCUACAUCUUGUCACCCCUGCCGGGGUCGAUGAAGAACCUGUCGCGAGAAAUGCGGCGGAUGUCCGCAAUGAAACACGCGUGGACAUGGCUUGCCUGUGCGGUGGAACAAGCACCGUUCGCUCGGUAAGGGCGGUGGAGGCUUGUUGUCGCGAGGCAGCAACCACUGGGGACUCCGUUGCCCACCAAGCCUGUCUCGGAGACGUGGAGACCUGCAUUGGUUUGCACUCUCCGAGCUCUCCUGACUGGAGUGUCUCAGCUAUGUGCCUGAUGACAAUAUGCCCGAAUGUCGCACCAUUUUGUCAUUUGCACUGGGAUGAAUGCUGA